UGUACCGUUGUCGGCAACUUCCUCUGUUAUCGACGUCGGACUCGAAGCCCUAAGUACAAUGCUGAAAGUUCCUUUUUACGUUUUCCUGUAAACGCGCGUGUUCGAAAACCUAACCCUAGCUUGUUCGAAGGUCUCUUCUUCAUUCGCUUUCUCGUAUCGGUUUCUAUCCAUUUUCUCCGUGAAGCGCAUGAGAGCUUUUGAAAGAGGAGGAGAAGAAAGAGAGACAUAAGAAUUGGGCAUCAACAAAUCUCCACUGUUAAUUCAGAACACUGAUGGACGUGAUCAAGACACAACAGAUAUCAUCAAGGCCAAUUGAGAAGGUAAUAGUCCAUCCUCUGGUGCUUCUGAGCAUUGUUGACAACUACAAUCGAGUUGCUAAAGACACUCAUAAACGAGUCAUCGGAGUUCUACUUGGUAGUUCUUUCAAAGGAACUGUUGAUGUGACUAACAGUUAUGCAGUGCCCUUUGAAGAAGAUGACAAGGACCCAAGUAUUUGUUUUCUUGACCACAACUACCAUGAAUCAAUGUUUUCCAUGUUCAAGAGAAUAAAUGCCAGGGAGCAUGUUGUUGGUUGGUAUAGCACAGGACCAAAACUGCGGGAGAAUGAUCUAGAUAUUCACAGACUAUUCCAUGACUAUGUCCCCAAUCCUGUUUUGGUCAUAAUUGAUGUCCAACCAAAAGAGCUAGGAAUUCCCACGAAGGCUUACUAUGCUGUUGAGGAGGUGAAAGAGAAUGCCACUCAGAAAAGCCAGAAAGUUUUUGUCCACAUACCUUCUGAAAUUGCUGCUCAUGAAGUUGAGGAAAUUGGAGUGGAGCACUUGCUAAGGGAUGUGAAGGAUACAACCAUUAGCACUCUUGCAACUGAGGUCACUGGAAAACUAGCAGCCUUGAAGGGUUUGGAUGCACGACUACGAGAAAUACGUGGUUAUCUUGAUGUUGUGGUUGAUGAGAAGCUUCCCCUAAAUCAUGAGAUUCUUUACCAUCUACAGGAUGUAUUCAACUUGCUUCCAAAUCUCAAUGUAGCCGAGUUAAUCAAGGCUUUUGCAGUGAAAACAAAUGAUAUGAUGUUGGUUAUUUAUCUUUCAUCUCUCACCCGAAGCGUUAUAGCGCUCCACAACUUGAUCAAUAACAAGAUGCUUAACAAAGAACAUGAGAAAGCAGAGGAUGCAAAGCCAGCAGCCGUCCCAGCCAUUGCUGGAAGCUGAACAUGACCUUUCGGUGGUCUCUAGAGUUCCAGCCAUGAGAGAGCCUUUCGGCAGUGGAGGGAACCAGUUUUAAAUGUGACUGCUGAGGUUCUGAGUCUUGAGAAUCUUUUGUGUUCUCCUGUUUGGAAAAAGAGGGCAGAGCUCUAAACUUGAUAUUUAUCAUCCCAGUUGGUUCCUAUUUUACGUUAUAUCUCAGAUUGUCAGUUGGUAUGUAUUAUGUUACUAUUCAUCCAGCAUCUGAACUCAGAUAGAUGCAAUUUCAAAAUACAGUUGGCAAGCAAACAAUUGAACUGCAUUGUAACGGUAUUUGUUUUC